UUUGUUUGACGUUUUUAACCUAUUUCUUUCAAAAUGGCUCCCACCCGGAGUAUCAUCGGGUUUUUAAAUCCAAAAACCCUUACCGCGGUGUUUAGUAAUAAUAUUAACAAAACUACGUGUCGGUUCGUCCAUAAAUGUAUUAAAUGUGAAAAAUUUCUUGGAGGGCCUGCAAUUGCUAUUGCAUCAUUAGUGCAUAAUAAAUUCAAUUAUAACACGGGGACUACUAGACAUAGAUAUAUUCACACCACCAACUGUCUGGCUGCUCGCGUCGAUUACUACAAAGUUCUGGGAGUUUCAAAGAAUGCUUCCGCUAAAGAUGUGAAGAAGGCAUACUAUCAACUUGCGAAGAAAUAUCAUCCGGAUGCAAAUAAAUCUGAUCCCGAGGCCUCUAAAAAGUUCCAGGAAGUCUCUGAGGCUUAUGAGAUUCUCUCUGAUGAGAACAAGCGUAAGCAGUAUGACACCUUCGGCACAACAUCAGAGCAGAUGGGCAUGGGCGGUGCUCCGGGUGGGGCUGAUGGGUUCACCCACCAGUGGCAGUACAAGGCCACCAUAGACCCCGAGGAGCUGUUCAGGAAAAUAUUUGGAGACGCUGGUUUCAAGAGUGAAUCAUUUAGUGAUUUUGCUGAGAGUCAGUUUGGUUUUGGUGCUGCUCAGGAAGUCAUAGUAAAUCUCCGCUUCACGGAAGCGGCGCGUGGCGUGAACAAAGAUGUGAACGUGAACAUAGUUGACACGUGCCCAAAGUGUCAAGGAUCCCGCGCCGAGCCCGGUACUAAGGCCAUCAAGUGCACGUACUGCAAUGGUACAGGGAUGGAGACAUUCUCGCGAGGGCCAUUCGUGAUGCGGUCCACAUGUCGGCACUGUCAUGGUACCCGCAUGUUGAUCAAAUUCCCCUGCAUCGAGUGUGAAGGAAAAGGCCAAUCGGUACAACGCAAGAAAGUGACGGUGCCAGUGCCGGCGGGCGUGGAGGACGGGCAGACGGUGCGCAUGGCGGCCGGCAACUCGGAGAUAUUCGUCACCUUCAAGGUGGAGGCCUCUAAGUACUUCCGCCGCGACGGGCCCGACGUGCACUCCGACUGUACGAUUUCCGUAUGCCAAGCCUUAUUAGGCGGCACAGUCCGGAUACAGGGCCUCUAUGAAGACCAUACACUCCAGAUAUUGCCAGGCACGUCGUCGCACAAGCUGAUCAGGCUGUCGGGCAAAGGCAUGAAGCUAGUCAGCAAACACGGCUACGGAGACCACUACGUCCACAUCAAAAUAAAGGUCCCCGUAACUUUGAACGAGAAGCAAAAGGCGCUCAUCUACGCGUACGCCGAACUAGAAGAGGACACACCCGGCCAAAUCCUAGGUGUCUCGUAUGACAGAGAUGGCAAGAAGGUGUCCGUAGCAGACAACCAAAACCUCACGGAUGCCGUCAAAGAAGCCCUCAAAGACAAGAAGACCAAUGAAGCCGAAGCUCAGAAGGCAGAUGGCGCCACCGAAGCGACGGAAGAGCUUAAAGAAUCUAAAAGGAGUAAAGCGUAAUCGUAGACUUUUCGCGUAGGACUUUGAGAUCAAAGCUACGAUACAUAGGUCAGUGGAGAAUGCCAUGAAGGAAUUGCUUAAACUUAUUAUAAAAGAACCGAAGAACCCAUGCACAUACGUAAUACAGGAUUAUAUCUAGCACGUUAAUUAAAACUUAUUUGAAAUAUGAAAUAUAUUUAGAUAUGAAUUCACCACUCAAAGACUAUUGGAUCACUACUAAUUAGUAUGGCCUGAAUAUUAUGCCAGCAACAAAAAUAUUCAAGUCAUUUUUGGUAUUAUAGGGUUGUUGCAUAAACUAUUUUCCCACUUUGAAAUAAAACUAUUUUUUUUGUAAUAUGUAUUUAUUGAAACAAUUAAUCGACAAUAUAAUCCCCAGCAUUAUCUAGAACAUGUAACCAUCUGCUAGGCAAAAUUUCAAUACCCUUGGCCCAGAAUGAAAGUGGCUGAGAGGCAAAGAAGUUGGCAAGGUAAUGUUUUAGGUCGCCAGAAUUUUCGAAUUUAUUUUUACGAAGAUGCUGUUUCAAAGCCCGAAAAGAUGAUAGUCGGAAGGUGCUAGAUCAGGGCUAUAAGGCGGGUGAGGUAUUGUUGUCCAACCGAGCUCCUCUAGAAAUUUACAGGUUAUUUUCGCCUUAUGUGGUAGUGCAUUAUCAUGAAGUAAUGAUUGGCCAGUAUGAGGAAUGUCUUUUAGACUUGUGUCUCCUUCAUUAAAGCGCUGGAACCAAUUUCGUACUAUGCGAUCGGUAGUAGUGUUUGGGCCAAAAGCAGUGUUAAUCUUAUUUGCAGUUUCCCUAGAACUGGUUCCCAAUUUGUGUUCAUAUAAGUAAAUCGCUCGAAGAUGUUGUUGGUCCAUUUUUUCGAAUUUAACUAAAUCUCUGUAACAAGCCCGCUCAUAUAUACCCUACGUGAAAGAUUCGAGAACAUUCCACUACAUACUAGAUUUAGUCUAGAAUAAUCCCGAGAAUACUAAAAAUAUCAAGAAAAUUUAGAAAUGGAAAAAAAAUAUGCAACAACCCAAUAUAUAUAGCUACCUUUGUAUCGUAGCUAGUGUCUUGAGGCAUUGCCGUUGGGUCUAACACAGCUGACGUAAAAUAAAGACAUGGUUCUUUCUUACCGCACUUACUAAAUGAGUGAAUCUGAUUGUGAUUAUGUUCCCUCUUUCGACUUGUGACUUGAUAGUCAGUUGUGCUAGCCCUGCACACAAUAAUGCGCUGUAAGGCUUAGAAAAUAAAUCUAUAUUUGCUUCCUUAUAGCAGAAAUAAUUCCAAUAUUAACAUAUAUUAUAAAUUCCUACAAAUUGACUGACAUACGGAUUUAAAUGUUCAUUCUGGUUUAUUAUUAGUAUUCUGUUUGUUUAGAUUUGCGUCAUAUUUUCUUUUGAUUUUGUCUUACAUAAUUUCUGUAGGUACAGUUCUGUGAUACGUUAGAUAGCAAUAAAUUAGAAUUGGUUUCUUACAGCUUAGAGCAUAUUUUUGUUUGUAACUUCAUCGGUCUUAUUGAUUCCAAACAUAUGUUAAAGUGUCUCAUAUAUUGAAUGCUAUAGUGAAGGCUAUGGAAUAGUAAUCAAAGCUGUAAAUAGCAGUUGACUAGUUUGUAGGUUGGUAAUUAAAAUUACAAGAUAAUAA